AUGGGAAAGAAAGCAGUUCACUUUGGUGGCGGCAACAUUGGCCGCGGCUUUGUUGCCGAGUUCCUCCAUACUUCGGGGUUCGAAGUCGUCUUCAUCGAUGUGAUGGACAACAUCAUCGAGGCUCUGCAGAACAACCCCUCGUACCAGGUGACUGAGGUCAGCGAGGAGGGCGAGACCACCAAGACGAUCAACAACUACCGUGCCAUCAACUCCAAGAAGAACGAGGGAGAUGUGAUCAACGAGAUUUCUACUGCAGACGUGGUGACCUGUGCCGUUGGGCCCAACGUCCUGAAAUUCAUUGCCCCGGUCAUUGCGAAGGGCAUUGACGCGCGUACGGCCUCCAAGCCCGUGGCUGUCAUUGCCUGUGAGAAUGCCAUUGGAGCUACCGACACUCUGCAUGGGUUUAUCAAGGACAACACCGACCCGGAGCGGGUGAAGAGUCUCUACUCUCGGGCUCAGUUCGCCAACUCCGCGAUUGAUCGCAUCGUUCCGACUCAGGCUCCCGACUCGGGCCUCAACGUUCGCAUCGAGAAGUUCUACGAAUGGGUUGUCGAGAAGGCUCCCUUUGGUGACGUGGGCCACCCAGAUAUCCCCGCCAUCCAUUGGGUCGACAACCUGGAGCCCUACAUUGAACGCAAACUCUUCACUGUCAACACCGGUCAUGCCACGGCGGCGUACUACGGCUACACUUCCGGAAAGAAGACCAUCCACGAUGCGUUGAGCGACGAGAAGAUUCGUCAGACCAUCCGCGACGUCCUCGACGAGACUGCAGCUCUGAUCGUCGCCAAGCACGGCAUCUCUAAGGAGGAGCAGCAGGCGUAUGUGGACACGAUCAUUAAACGCAUCUCCAAUCCAUACCUGGAGGACGUGGUCGAACGUGUGGGCCGCGCACCAUUGCGCAAACUCUCGCGCAAGGAGCGUUUCGUUGGCCCUGCGUCGCAGCUGGCGGAGCGCGGAAUGGAGUUCGAAGCUCUCUUGGGCCCGAUUGAGCAGGCUCUGCGUUUCCAGAACGUUCCCGGUGACGAUGAGAGCGUUGAGCUAGCCAAGAUCUUGAAGGAGAAAUCAGCCGCUGAUGCCACCAGCCAGCUCACCGGGCUGGAAAAGGACCACCCUUUGUACCCGCCUGUGCUCAAAUUGGUUGAGAAGGUGCAGGGAGAAUCCAAGUAG